AUGUUCCCUGUAAAGGACCACAUCAAGAGUCCGGACAUCAUCCGGCGCAUUCAGGAACAGUCUUGGAAAGGACUUUGCCUGAAAGACUUUGGGCCACCAAAGAACAAAGGGGUGAUUGCGACGAUGCCCUUUUCCAAGGGAGAGGUGGUGUGCGACUACCAUGGAGAGUACGUCACCCAGGAAGAAGGGAAUCGGCGAAUGGAACAGCUGUUCGACGAAGCCUGUUACGUCUUCUUCUUUGCGGGAUGUGGGGAAAAGGUCUGCAUAGACGCCCAACAUUCUCCAUGCCAGUGUCACCCACACCAGGACACGUUUGGUCGUCGGAUGAACCAUUCAAGGAGAAGUCCAAAUGUGAAGCCACACGUUUUCAAACUUCCACUCCCAGAGGGAACAAGAUGGCAUCCCAUUUUCCUCACGCUUAAGGACAUCCAAGUCAACGAGGAACUUCUUUGGGACUACGGUGUCCUCUGCGACGAGGGAUUUGGAGGCGAAGCUGCUGCACUGGACUGGUUGGCUAGUUGAAGUCCUGGACAACAACCUACCCCUCUGCCAUCUCAUACGAACUCACUGCACGCGGCACUUUACUUCACCCUGCACCACAACUCAUUCUGUACCUGUACUGUUACACUGUCGCCUACUAGACUUCACACACACACACACACACACACACUGGGCUUUGGGCUUUAUUUAAUUUGGUCAAAUCUCUUAAAAUGACAAACAGACAUUCAAGUGGGCUGAUGUGGGUGAAAUCUGUGGACUGACCAUUGGGGGCGCACGGGCCAGAUGUUUCUUGCUUGCGGGCCGCCUAUUGCCGACCUAUGACCUAAUACCUAUUAGAAUAUAAUUAAACUUAUUUUACACUGUA